GCAGCGUCUCAGUCUGGCCACUUAGCGUGGCGAGCGAGCUCGGGCGCAAUACCUCCCUCCAGCCCAAACUUUAACGAGAGAAGUGUUGAUGGCCGAGGGCUGCUGAGAAAAGUGAAGAGAGGUAAAGAGUGAGAGUCGCCCGCUGGAAACGUCAUCGGAACGCACCGGAAGCGGCCGGAGGAUGACGAGUGUGAUCUACCAUGCCUUUUCUCAGAAAGAGGCCAAAGAGCUCGACGUUCAGCUUCCGGGAGCCCAGCAAGCCGAGGCCUUCGUGAGGGCCUUCCUGAAGCGCAGCACACCCCGCAUGAGCCUGCAAGCCCGCGAGGACCAGCUGCAACGCAAGGCUGUGGUCCUGGAGUACGCCACUCGCCGGAAGCGCAAGGAGAAGAGAAAGAAAUCCAAGGGCCUCUCUGCCAGGCAGAGGAGGGAGCUGCACCUCUUCGACAUUAAGCCAGAGCAGCAGAGAUACAGUCUUUUUCUCCCUCUGCAUGAACUCUGGAAGCAGUACAUCCGGGACCUGUGCGGUGGUCUCAAGCCAGACACGCAGCCGCACAUGGUUCAGACCAAACUGUUGAAGGCAGAUCUUCACGGGGCUCUCGUUUCAGUCACGAAAUCCAAAUGCCCGUCCUAUGUGGGUGUUACAGGAAUCCUCCUACAGGAAACAAAGCACGUUUUCAAAAUCCUCACCAAAGAAGACCGCCUGAAAGUUAUCCCCAAGCUAAACUGUGUGUUCGCAGUGGAAAUCGAUGGCUUCAUUUCCUACAUUUAUGGAAGCAAAUUCCAGCUUCGGUCAAGUGAACGAUCUGCCAAGAAAUUCAAAGCGAAGGGAACAGCUGACCUGUAGCUCUCUGCUGCGGAGACGGCUGUUUGGGACCCCAAGGACCGGGGACACCUGCGUGCCCACCUUUCAGCGGAGACACGGCUGGGCUGGUUCUGCUUCUAGAUCACCCCCAGCCCAUUAAUACCGGAGUUAAGAACAGUUCAUCAUCCGGGAAGACAUGCGCCUUACUGAGCAAAGUGAGGGAAUGGAGGGGUGUCUUUCUAGGUGACGACGGGUGAGCAUUGCUCCCACUGAGGA